GUGAAUUGGUAGCCAAAAAAAUAUUUAAAUUAUUUAAAUAAUCAUCGCAAUCAGCUCUUGAUCAAUCGACGAUUGUCAUGUUUGUGUGUCGUCUGUCGUAGUUGGGGACACAUUGCACGUCAAUUUACAAGCAGAAACACUUGCGGAGAAGAAAUAUUUUCGAAGGUCGUCAUCGGGGAUUUUUUUUUUCACGAGAUAAAAAAAAAGUCAAAUUUGUAGUUCAAUAAGAUAAAAAUUUUUGACAAUAACGAUGAAUAUCGAGGAAAAUCGCUUAGCCUUACUCGAAAAUUGGUCUGACGUCUCGGGAAUUUCCGCACAAGAAAUCGCUGCAGCUGGCUUCUACGCGACACGUAAUGGCAACGAAGUGCAGUGCUACUGGUGCAUGGAGAAAGUGAAUUCCUGGCAGGAGGGCGACAACGCACUCGAAAAGCAUCGUCAAAUUAGUCCGGGAUGCCCGUUCAUCGUGAAUCCUCGUUACUGCGGCAACAUUCCAAUCGCCAGCGAUAUCGAUUUCCAAGAUGAAGCAACGCGUCUCGCGACAUAUCAAAGUUGGCCCGUUUCCUUCAUUGAGCCCACGGAUCUUGCACGUGCCGGUUUCUACUACAUCAAUCGUUCGGAUCAGGUGAAAUGUGCGUGGUGUCAUCGUGUCAUUGGCGAAUGGGAAGUUUCGGACGACCCAGUUGUGGAACAUCUCAAAUUUUCGCCCACAUGCCCCAAGGCACUUUCGUUAACGGAAGCCUCGGAAGUGUCAGAUCAGGAUAUUGGGAUUCAACCCGUGAAACCACCGAAAUUCCCGAAUUAUGUAACCUUAGCAUCGCGAAUUCGUAGUUUUGCCAAUUGGAAAAUCGAUCACAUUCAAGAUCCGACAACGCUGGCAGAGUCGGGAUUUUAUUACUGCGGCAACGAUGAUCAAGUGAUGUGCUUUCAUUGCGGCGGCGGGCUGUUUCAUUGGGAGGAAAAGGAUCAACCGUGGUACGAACAUGCUCGUUGGUUCCCGACAUGUCCAUUUUUGCAGCUCCUAAAAGGUCCGCAAUACGUUCAAAAGAUCCAGGAAAGGCACAAAAACGAUCCCCAAGCAAAAGCGAGACAACAACAAAAGACAACUCCCGUGCAACCGACGAUGACUUUGGAUCAAGCGAUGGAUACGGAACCCGUACAAGCAUGUUUACAGAUGGGAUUAAGCAUCGGACGUAUUAAGAGCUUAACAAAAAGACAUCUAGAAGCAACAGGACGCCCCUACGAAACGACUCAAGCACUUGCCGAGAGUAUUUUGGACGAUCAACGUGAAGCGGAAUGUGAUGACGAUGAGAGAGCAGCAAAUUCCCGGAUUUCCUUACGAAGUGUCGUCGCCAAUACCUUAUGGUCGGUCCUUCAAGCGAGCUCCUCGUCGAGUAAUGACACGGAAACGCCCCAAGUUGGCGAGUUUGAGACCCGGGGACGCGAAGAACACGAACAACAAAUGGAAGCAAGUGGCACGACGAGUGAAGAGGCAGCUAGUUUGAGUCAAAGUAGUGACACAAUAUCCAAAGAAACGGAAGAAUUGACGUUGGAGGAGGAGAAUAAACGUUUGAAAGACGCUAGAGAAUGCAAAAUUUGCAUGAGUAACGAAAUUGGCGUCGUUUUUAUUCCGUGCGGGCACUUAGUUACUUGUGUCCAAUGUGCUUGGGCAAUGACAACUUGCUGCAUGUGUCGCUCCGAAAUCAAAGGCCGCGUUCGAACAUUCUUACCUUAAGUCAAUCAAGCAGCACGAAACACGUUAAAUUCUUGCCUCGAGUUCAAAAAUCGACCAUUUUACGCUUUCAAAUGCUAAUUUACUUAGCAAUUCGCGUCUAGAGAUCUAAUUAUUACACAUUAGAGUAGUACUAUAGUGAAUUGUGUGAACUCACAACGUUAAAAAAGUUCAUAGAAUCACACAAAAAAUUUUUUUUAGGUGUUUGCAAGUCAAAAAAAAAAUCCUUUUUCUUUAGAGUUAAUUCGCAAUCAUCACAAAAAUUCUAUUUUUAUUGAGAGAGGGCAAAGUAUUGAGAGAGAAAAAAUAUUAAAUAUAUUAAAUUAUACGUAAAACGUCUAACAAUUAGCGGUAAGGAACAAAAAAUGAUAAUAAU